GCCAGUCACUCUGCCCUGUAAUGAUUGAUGCUGCCGUUUAUACAUCUCCGUUGAACCGCAGGCUACAUCGCACGACUGUCAUGGUUAUUUUAGCGGAUAUGUACCGAAAUAUUUUCCUUCGCUGAUUCAGCUAACACACACGAGCCUCUUCGUAUGCUGACAAGGCUCGCAACCAGCUGUGCGACGCGGCGCUGCCUCCCGGUUGAACGGCGGCAGGACGAUGGCACUGCGUUGGACGGUCUCUCUGUAUUUGUCCUCGGUGGUCUAUUAAGAUUUUAAUUAGCCGAUAACACACGGUUGACGUUAACGACGGACUGAUGGUGGGAGCGACGUUAAACUCACCGCUCUGAUUAUGGCAAAGGAGUCCAGGUUUGAAGACCUCUGAUCAUAUUGGCGCCACGGCCAGCCAGGUGGCCAAUCAGGUGACAGCCAGGCUCACUGAGGAGGGAGACCCUCUGACCACACCCACACUGCUUCACCCAUCCCUCGCCAUCGUCACCGUCAUGUCGAUACCCAGUGGCAGCCCAGAAAGAGAGAGCUCUGGUGGGGCUCCCCCUCAGCUAGAGUGCCCUUCUUCCCCUCCCGGCAUGGACCCAGAUCCCCCAUCAACGGGCAGCCCAGUGCUCAGCCCAGACUCAUCCUCCCAUGAUGCAGUGCUGUCAGCACCGGCAGCCUCCCCGGCAGACUCUGAGAACCUAAGUCCUGAUGAACUGGAGCUGCUGGCCAAACUGGAGGAGCAGAACAGGUUGCUGGAGGCCGAUUCCAAAUCCAUGCGGUCGAUGAGCGGUUCACGGCGCAACAGUGGCUCCUCGCUGGUGUCCAGCUCCUCGGCCUCCUCCAACCUGUCGCACCUGGAGGAGGACACCUGGAUCCUGUGGGGCCGCAUCGUCAACGAGUGGGAGGAGUGGAGACGCAAGAAGGACAAGCUCCUGAAGGAGUUGAUCAGGAAGGGCAUCCCACACCAUUUCCGGGCAAUCGUCUGGCAGCUGUUGGGCAACGCCACUGACAUGCCGGUGAAGAACCAGUACUCCGAGCUGCUAAAGAUGUCGUCCCCCUGUGAGAAGCUCAUCCGCAGAGACAUCGCCCGCACCUACCCCGAGCACGAGUUCUUCAAAGGCCAGGACAGCCUGGGGCAGGAAGUCCUCUUCAACGUCAUGAAGGCGUACUCUCUGGUGGAUCGAGAGGUGGGCUACUGCCAAGGCAGUGCAUUUAUCGUCGGUCUGCUGCUUAUGCAGAUGCCCGAGGAGGAGGCGUUUUGUGUUUUUGUGCGUCUGAUGCAGGAGUACCGCCUGAGGGAGCUGUUCAAACCCAGCAUGGCUGAGCUGGGCCUCUGCAUCUACCAGUUUGAGUAUCUGCUACAGGAGCAACUUCCAGAGCUGAACGUCCAUUUUCGAUCCCAGAGUUUCCACACAUCCAUGUAUGCCUCGUCUUGGUUCCUCACCCUUUUCCUUACCUUCCUCCCUCUGCCGGUCGCCACACGCAUCUUUGAUAUUUUCAUGUAUGAGGGCCUAGAGAUUAUCUUCCGUGUGGGCCUGGCCAUCCUGCAGUACAACCAGACUGACCUCAUUCAGCUGGACAUGGAGGGCAUGUCGCAGCAUUUCCAGAAGGUGAUCCCCCACCAGUUCGACAGCUGCCCAGACAAGCUGAUCCUCAGGGCCUACCAGGUCAAGUACAACCCCAAGAGGAUGAAGAAACUUGAGAAAGAAUAUACCACGAUCAAGAACAAAGAAAUGGAGGAACAAAUUGAGAUUAAGAGGUUACGCACAGAAAACCGUCUGCUGAAGCAGAGGAUUGAGACGCUGGAGAAGGAGAGUGCCGCUCUGGCAGACAGACUGAUACAGGGUCAGGUGACGAGGGCACAGGAAGCAGAGGAGAACUACGUGAUCAAGCGGGAGCUGGCAGUGGUGAGGCAGCAGUGCAACACGGCCACCGAGAGCCUGGAGAAAGCGCGGGACACCAUCAGAGAGCUGCAGCAGCAGAAGUACACAGAGCAGUUUGUGAGCAAUCUGCAGACCCAGCUGGAGCAGUCCAGGCUGCGUGAGGCCGAACUGCUGGGAGCGCUGAAGGAAAUGCAAGACAAGGUCCUCGACCUGGAGAAGAGGAGCACCUGCCUGCCUGAUGAGCACAACAUAGCGGCUCUGCAGGAGGAGGUGAAGCAGAUGAAGCUGAGGGAGCUGGAGACGCUGCGCUCAUUCAGGGAGAUGCAGGACACCGUCACUGAGCUCAACCAGCGCUGGCAGCAUCACAUGUCCCGGGGCAGCAGCACAGGUGGCGGGGGCGGCCACUGGAAGGAAUCGCCGAAGAAGAACGCCAUGAACGAGCUGCAGGACAAACUGAUGACGGUCAGACUGAGGGAGGCCCAGGCUCAGGCUGAGCUCCGAGAGGUCAAACUCAAAGCCCUGCAGCUGGAGAGCCAGAACCAGAUCCACAGCAAGCUUAUUGGUCGCAACGAUCAGGAGCGCUCCGCCUUGCAGGACCGGCUCCAGAUGCUGGCCAAUCAGAACAAAGCUCUCCAGGCUCAGCUCAACGAGAUGAAAAGGAAGCAGUCCGAGUCCGACUGCAAGAGUAAAGAAGAGGUGAUGGCGGUGCGACUGAGGGAAGCAGACAGUAUGGCCGCCAUGGCUGAACUCAGGCAGAAGAUCGCUGAUCUCGAGAUACAGAAGGAGGAAGGGCUGAUCCAGGGCCAGCUGAACCACUCAGACUCCAGACAGUACAUCAACCAGCUUCGGGACCAGAUAGCUGAGCUCAAGAACGAGGUCCGGCUGUUGCGAGGGCAGAAGGCGGCCCCCAGCUCCAGGGUUAGCAGUGGAGGCGUAAGCACCAACUACCAGGAUCUCUGUCUGCCCAGCCCCGCAUCCGCCGAGGGCGACUACCUGAGCUCGGACGAGGACCUCCUCCCCAGCCCGCUGCCUCCCAGCGCCCUGUACCCCAGCCUGUCCGGCACGUGUCACCCGUCGGCCCGCCUGGACAGCGAGGGCAGCACGGACAGCGAGGCAGAGGAGCGUGUUCUGACACAUCCGGACCCACAGCAACUGUACGGCAGCAUGGUGUGCGCUGAGGCGCUGGAUAACUGAGAGCUGGAGGGGGGUGUGAAGGUUUCAUUGGAUUUCUUUGAGCUCAAGAGACACUGGAGCUCUACAGGACGGGACUGUGACUGUAAACUGGGGCUGUAUUAUCCAAUCCAGUCCUCCUCCUCAGCUUUUCCAGUGUUUACCUUUAACUUGAUGCAGACAUAGUGGCAUUGAAUGGACCUCUUCUGAUCAUCACUACCCGUCGUUUCCUGUUACCAUCUCCACCAUCGUGUCCUCCACACUGUCUGAUCCUGUUUUCCCCUGAUAAAGAGGCAACAUGAAGCCUCUCUCCUUGUGUAACUGCGCCAGAAACCAUCCAAACACAAACAUAUAACACACAGACAAACAGUUUGGAGUGAAACUGGGCCAGCAAGGCUGUUGUUGCCUCUCGCUGCUCGAGAUCCACCACUGGACCUGAACCUGUGACUGUGACGAGGAGUGUAACACGGAUAGACAGACAGAAAACAAACUCUUUCCUCUCCCUAUAAACUGAGUAAUAGACACAAUGUAUGCUCUGUCUACCCUCUUAUGACUCUCCUUGCUGGUUGGUUCAGACAUCUUUAUCCUCUCUUUUCCCUUUUUAUGCUCUUAUUAGGAAGACACGCACACACAAAAAACUUCUAUCAGCUAUCAAUUUCCCUCUCAGUAGAACAAUGAAAAAGAAAAACAGGAAAGGUGGUGAGUGUGAGAAGGAGAGGUGCAGUGUAGGAAUACGUACCCAUCAAACUGUAGGGAUAUCACAAGAUGGCCUCCGUUCAUGAAUCAUUUACUAAAUAUGUGUGUUGUCUGUGUGUGUGUAUGCGGCUUGCAGAUGACAAGAAGCCAAGCGAGUUAAUACAACAGCUCAUAUCCAAACAUAUCCACCGUAACCCACGAAACAAGGAAGAAACUCAAUGUUGCCAAAUCGUUUGUUUUGUUUUUUAAAUUAUUUAUAUGUUGUAAUUUAUUUUCAUAUUUUUUUAAUAUUUUAUAAAUCUAUAUGAAACUAUUAGGAGUGUAGAGAUACCGACAGAGGCCAAACUUUCUACACCGUCCUUUGUGCCAACAAGUCGUCUGUUACAGGUUUACUGUGACGCUGUCAGAGUGUUUCAGAGACAGAAAAUGUGCUGCUAUGAUUUUGGAUUUAUUUUAUCCAUUUUUUUCAGUUUUUUUUUUUUCUUUGUUUUAUCUUUGUGAGGUGAACAUGCAACCUCCUGUUAACUCUGCCAUAGAUUAGGUUGACAACUACUGUACAGACUGAUUGAAUCUGAAAACUGAGCAGUUUAACUUGAUUCCUCCCUGCAGCUUCUCAGCGUGUAGCAAUGAUGGGAACAAUCUGGUUUUUCUUCAAAAACCAAGCAUGAUCAUUGUGUAGGUGUGAACUUAAGAAACAGUUUGACACUCUCGUUGCUGCUGAGAGUUAAAUGAGAAGAUCGACUACACUCUCCUAUCUGUCUGUUAAAUACGACACUACAACCAGGAGUUGGCUUAGUUUAGCUUGGCAUAGUGACUUAAUUUGCACAGUCAAGAAAAAGUUCAGCCCCUAAACUUGUUUCACCGCUUUUGGAAGGGACUCAAUAACUGAAUUGUGGCUACAAGUGGUAUGAUGGUGAAUGCUAAAACACAGUUUUACAGAGUUACAUUAGUCUAAGUAGAAUAAGUCAGUGAAUGGGCUCGGUAGUGUCAAUUUCAACUCCAAACACAAUGUAAUAUCUACCUAAGAUUUGGAGCAAGUGAGGCUGAAGCGGCUAGUAUAAACCAUUAAGUCCUACAGCCCUUAUAGUUACUGUAAAGGUCAGACUAGCUUGACAUAAGGAAAUAUGGUAACGCCAUUUCUGUUUAGCCUAAUGCUGCUUGUAAUCGUUUCUGGGCAUCAGGCGAUAUGACUUUGAGAAGCCGACAGCAAGGACUACAGGACUUUUCCCAUCGGGAUGCUAGAUGUCCUGUAUAUCCCAAUUAAACAACAGCAAAAGUUACUUCAGGGCAGCAGGUAGCCUUGCAGAGAUGACAUAAACAACGAAUCGUUAGCCUUGAUCCUUUCUGGCUAAUCAUAGUAACUUUAAAAUAUGUCAGCAACAAACCUAUCUGUCUUUUCCAAAUCUUAACGCCUCUGGAUGUAGCUACAGUAUACGGUUGCUAUAGCUAGUAAGCUUGCAAACAUUAGCUUACUGAAGAUGUGACUAUAUACAAUGUAAGUGUCCAUAAAGACUGUAGCAUGGCCAGUGUAUUGAGUCGCUUUUACAGGUCGCCUUGCGAGUAAGUGAGGAUAACAGGAAAUGGGGUUCUGCCACGUACUAAGUUUUCAACUGUUAUUGGAGCACAGAGUGAAAAAGGGAGGGACUUAGGAUCGGUCUAUUUAGCAAAAAGUGUAUUUUAUUGCAAUAAACGAGGCACAUGUUAAUAAGUUGGACAUUUCACCUCCGGAUGGAGCCAAGCUAGCAGUUCCCUACUGUUUCCAGUCUGUAUGCUAAGCUAAGUUUACCAUCUCCUUGCUGUGGCUUCAUAUUUAACAGGCAGACAUGAAAGUGCAUCUUGCAAAAUGUCAAACAAUUCCUUUAAAUGUCAGUGUCCCGUACAAGCCAAAAGAAAUCCAGGUAACAGUGCUGAUCUGGAAUCACCAGUUUAUGUGCUCAUAUCACUUCACGUCAGCUGAAACUGCAGCGUGUGGGCCAACGCACAGCGGAGGGCAGUCGUUCAUAUCGUAAGGAUGCCAACAGAGUGCGUGGGUGGAAACUAUUUUACAUAUCAAACAAUAAUAUAUUCUGUAGAGAGAGAAAAAAGGGUGUGACGUGUGGAGAGAUAUAAAGUAUACAGUGUAACAGGAACAAAAGUAUAUGGAUAAAAUUUAAAGCUGUAUCACUGUCAGUUACAUAAGAUGGUGAGUGUGUAUAGUUUUAUCAAACAGGGUGAUCUGCUUUUUGCACUACAGAGGAAAAGGAAGUCUCUGCUCAUUGCAUUAAGCAGUGAGAGACGUGGGUGAAUGGAUUUAAUGGUGGGAUCAUUUCUUAUUAUAUUCAGCUCCUCAGAGGGACCUUGACGUAAUCUAAGUACUUUGCUCCAAGAUUAUCCAUCCCAACUUUGUAUUGUGCUUUAUUAUUCUUUGGACUGUUGUCGAAGGAUUUUCUCUAAAUUCUCGCUCAAGGCCCUCUUUUACUGCUAACAUUUUCGUGCAAUACAAAUGAAGGGAUGGUAAAGGAGACAAAUGUUGCCAUCUUCUAAAGAAUAAGGGAAAUUGGAUCUUCCCAUAAUGGCCAUCAAAGAGAUAAAGAGGAUGUUGGUUUGCCCACCAUACUGUUGAAAUUAACAGCCUUUUAGUGGUCAGCUGAGGAUGUAGCAACUGAAAUCUCUACACUGGAAUCAGAGUUUGGAUAUCGUCAGACCAAAUGAGUGUUGUACAAAUGGUUUUAGUUGAGUUCCUGUUGAUUCUAAGUAUGUACAGACUGAGAUUUAAGCCCUAAGAAUUAUUUUCUUUGGGUCACAAUUGGCUGAAUUUCUUACUUGAAGUUAUAAUCCUUAAGAUCAAUCCUCAUUUUUCAUCAUAUUUACCCGACAGCCACAUGUACUGAUACUUAAGUUAGUACAUGUGUUCAUGAAAUGCACAAAAGGCAACAUUUGAUCAUGAGUCAGACGACAUUGUUGGUUGGUCUUCUUUAAAGGAGCUGUAAACAACAUUCAGAGCAAAUCUGUUGUUCAGAGUCUGAGUUUAGAUUGCCUCUACAUGGCUCUCGUUCUCAUUCCUAACUCGACACAUACAGGCGAUCGGUCAGGACCCAAUGGCGACACUUUUUAAGGCACUUGGUAGGCCUGUGAGACUUAUAUGAGAGUUCAAUACACAAGGAAGAAGCAUGACUUUAUUAUUUGGUUAAGAAGCCAUUACUCCACUAUAUCUUUACAUAGCAAAUAUUUGUUUUUUUCUGAAUGUCGUGUACAGCACUUUGUACAUGCCAUAUACUCUGCCAGAAUUAAUUGAAAAAAGGGCAAAAACCCCUUCCCACUGCACGCCCUGACCUCAGAUUAGGUGGGAGGUUGUUUCCGAAAACUCUCUGAAGCUCUUAUGCUGUGAUUGGCCAGCUGUACGCAUGUGAGAAAGUAAAACUGGACUAUUUCAGUCAUUUUUGAUGUGUACACAAUUUAAAAAUAGCGUCUCCUGAUCUUUACGUCGCACAGACUUUCAACUCGACUCGAAGUGUGGCUUUACCUUAAAAUAAGGCCCUAAUCGGACAGAGCACUUUUUACAGGUUGCAAGACGUGCAAAAAGCUUUUUUUUUGUUGAAGCCUAACUUUUUAAAAAAGCGGCAUGCUCUAAGCAACAACAGUAUCACCCACCUCUCAAUGUAUCCAAGUGGACAGUGGUAAAACACAAGGAGGUUGGUCACUUUUCUGCUCUGAGUUGAAGUAUUUUCAACUCAUGGCAUUCAGGAUGCUCCUGUGACAACAAGUGGUGCACAGCAACGCCAAUGUAGAGAGAAAAAAGGGUUCACUCUCAUUGAAAACAUAUAAAAAUCGUCCCCAGACUGCUGAAAAUCGCUACGUUUUGUUCUUCUGCUGCACUUCUGAUGGAGAAACCACUCAAGAGAUGGUUCAAACUGAUCUCUAGGAGCAUGUUAUUAAACCACCAACAACCACAGGCGUUGCCAGAUCCUCAACGACAGAAAGUUUUAAGGAUUAUAACUUUCAUAUUUAGGUAUCGAUUUCAGUCAAACAUUUAAAAUGCAUAAAGUCGUUUAGGUCUGAGUCAGUUUCCUUUCCAAAUUAAACCAUAAUCCAGACUGAGAUCAGUGUUCAGUGUCCUUCAACACGCGACAACACAUCUGUACACUGCUGUUCAGAGAUGGUGCUCUGUUCUCACCACUGUCUAAAUACAACUCUAUCUACUGUGAUGAAUAUUUUGAUAUGUUUGUAAAUUACUUUUGAAUAUGGUAUUAGCUGUCAUCCUUAGUAUUAUUUUUAUAAUUCCCAUCAGUACUUUGGUUUCUCCUGCUAACAGCGUCAUGUGAGACGAUAACGAUUAAAUAUCAUAAUGUGCCAUAAAGGUAGGUAGAUUUACACACUAUGCUAAAUGACUUCAUGUAUGUUUAACGAGGGUUUCAUCGAAGUCAGUCACUACAGCCCUUCAUUAAACAGCCAUGUAAUAUAAAGUAAAUUAUGUGCGGACUGAAAUAUGGUCACACUGUGUUGCUCUAGAUUUUAUUAUCUUGAAACUGGAACAUCCACAAUUAUCCCUGAUUUAAAGCAGGAAAUAACACAAUGUAGUGCAAAAGAGUGUGUUACGUGUGAGUUCUUCCUCACAGACAGGAAAUGUAAAACAGGCCGUGUUCAUCCUGGUUAGUUUGGUGUUAGGAUCUCUCAGAUUUUAUGUGCUGUAUGUGACGGCUGUUUGAUAUCCAUGGCAUCAUACCCAGGAACCCUGUCCACCCUCUCUCUUUCUGUCUUGCAAUUCAACCGAUGUUGUUAUGAAAUAUAUUAAAUGACGGUAAAGAUUAUAUAAAUUACAGUAUGAUGGGGAAAUAAUACAUUUCAGUGUUCUGUAUCCUAUGAAUGAUACAAAAUAAACUUUGACAUUGCACCUUU